GCGAUGUUUGGGGACACCGUCACCGUCACCACCGUGGUAGGCAUUCCCGACAGCGACGACGAGGAGGAUGCGAGAGAGACGGCGAGAUUGGAGAAGGAGCUCCUCCAGGAGAAGAAGCGGAAACGCGCGGAGAGGCUGGAGAGGGGGCGUGGGGGCGGGGGGGGCGGGGCGGGGAGAGGAGGUGUUGCCGGGGAUUCCGAGGGGGCAAAGGAGGAGCGGUGGUCGUUGGCGGCGGUCUCGAAGCGGCUAGCGGCGAACAUGCCGGCAAAGCCACGAAAGGCAGCGGCGAAGAGAGCGGCGCAGGCGGCGGCUGGGGCGACGUCGGAGAAGGGGAAGAAGGGGAAAAGGGCGAAAAAGGCGGCGGCGGGCGGGGGAGGGGGGGCGGCGCUCAUGGACAAGGCGCGGGGGAGCAUGCCAAGGGCAGAGCUUAGCAAGGGAAAGAAGAGACGCUAGUUUCCGGAUUGUAAUAUCUCCCGACAUUGACUUAUUUCCGGAUUGUUCGCGGAAACACCCCCUCUCUCUUUCGCUUGUUGCGGUUCGGUCUGUGUGUGAUUGACGACGCCGUGCGUGUCUGGUUGUCGCUGAUGUCGGCGAGUACUUGGCGGGCCGUGCCCCAGCUGUUCCAAACCGUUUUGUAGCUAUUGGCCGUUGAGGUAUGUUGUUUUGCCGUGCUUGACGCGUUUCGUGCCCGAGCUUUUGGUACGAAUUUUUUACUUUAGUGCUUUCGGUGUCCAAGCGUGUACAUAGAAAACCUGCGCGUCCCAGAUCGCGAGCGAGGGCAUGCAUGCUUCAGAGGCAGAGGCAAAACUAUUACCGUCCAACGCUGUUUUUUCUUU